AUGGUUAGUACACAUUGUGUUAUUCAUCGACAAGCCUUGGCUUCCACAUUGCCACCGAAAUUACGCCAGACUUUGGACUUGGCUAUAAGGAUUGUAAACUACAUCAAGAGCAGCGCUUUGAACAUACGCUGGCUGUCCAAAGGCAACAUAUUGGCUCGCCUUUAUGAACUGAAAGAAAGGUACAUUCCUUUUCUUGAGUUCAAAGAAAAACACGAUUUCUUGACAAUGUUCAAAGAUGACACAUUUCAAUGGAGGUUGGCUUAUUUAACUGACAUAUUUGACUCCUUGAAUGAGCUAAACUUGAAACUUCAGGGCAGAAACAACGCUAUAUAG